AUGUCGUUCAUCAUUGCCACUUUUGCAGCCCUUUCUUUGUGCUUCGCCCCUGCUCCGGGUGCAGGGACGAUCUCGGCGCGGCGUCCGCUGCCGGGCAGCGACACGCUGGUCUCGGCGCAGGGCAAGUUCGAGCUCGGCCUGUUCAGCCCCGCUGGCAGCUCCGACGGCAGGUUCUACCUUGGGAUCUGGUACAAGAACAUCCCCGGCCAGACCAUCGUCUGGGUUGGCAACCGGGCGAGUCCAUUGUCCGGCAUCGCCUCCGCCGAGCUCCGGGUCUCUGCCAACGACGGCAACCUCGAGCUCCUCGGUCCAACCGCUGCUUCCGCCUCGCCGGUCGUCGUGUGGUCAUCGAACCUAUCGUCGUCGUCACCGGGCUCGAACAACACGGCGGAGAUUCGCGACAACGGCAACCUGGUCCUCCUGGACGGCAGCAACUCCUCCAAUGUGCUGUGGCAGAGCUUCGACCACCCGACAGACACACACAUGCCGGGAGCAUGGCUGGGCGAGAACAAGCUUACCGGCGAAUACCAAACACUGACAUCAUGGCGGAAUGCCCAAGACCCCGCGCCGGGAGUGUUCACCGACACGUUGGAUCCCAACGGCAGCAGCGAGUUUUUGUCGAUGUGGAACCAGUCCCGUACGUACUGGCGGACCGGCGUCUGGACGGGACGCUUCUUCGCGAGGUACCCUGAGGGGACGAGAAAUCUCCUCCUCAACCAGACGUACGUCGACACGCCGGUGUACCGGGGCGUCACCUACGUGCUAUACCACAACGAGUCCAUCGCGCGCAUGGUGCUUGAUCUCACCGGGCAGGCGAAGCGGUACGUCUGGGUGCCCGCGAGGCAGACCUGGCAAUUAUUCUGGGUCGGGCCCACCAUGCAGUGCGACGUGUAUGCUCUCUGUGGCGCAUUCGGCGUAUGCAACCAGAGGAGCCAGCUGCCGUGCCGGUGCCCGUCCGGGUUCACUCCGGCGUCAGAGGCGGAGUGGAUGCUCAGCAACUGGAGCGGUGGGUGUCGCCGGAGCUCGCCGCUCAUGUGCUCGCGUAGCGGGUUGACGACGGAUGGGUUCCUAGCACUGCAGGACGUGAAGCUCCCCGACGACUCACUCGUCGUGGGCGCUGCCCAAAGCAACGCAGAGUGCGAAUCCGCUUGCCAAAAUAACUGCUCUUGCCAGGCCUACGCAUUCUCCGCCGGGGUGUGCACCGUCUGGCAUGGAGAGCUCAAGAACCUUGCGGACUCCGACAUCACAGGCUCAGAACUGUAUCUACGGCUUUCAAAAAGAGGAUUGCAAGAUCUUCAAAGCGUAGACAGGAAGAAAGGUGGGAGAAAGUUAUGGCUUGUCCUUGGCAUCACACUGGCCAGCGUUGCAGCACUGGCCACGUCGGUCAUACUAACUUGGAGGAUUGUUUCUGCCCGGACGAGGAGACUGGUCAGCAUUGCAAACGUGAAUGGAUCCUCCUUGGCCGUGUACAGCUACAACGACAUCCGUGCCGCCACAAAGAACUUUUCAGAGCGGCUGGGCGGCGGUGGCUUUGGCUCAGUGUACCAUGGCGUCCUGAAGCAGCAAAUGGGAGACAACACGGCCCAAGUUCAGGUGGCAGUCAAGAAGCUGGAAAGCCUUUGCCAGGGAGACAAACAAUUUCGGACGGAGGUGAGCACACUGGGCUGCAUCCAGCACGUUAACCUCGUCAGGCUCCUCGGGUUCUGCUCGUCGGGCAACAAAAAGAUGCUCGUCUACGAGUACAUGGCCAGAGGCUCCCUCGACGGCUAUCUUUUCCGUGUAGGUGCGUGCCUGAGCUGGCGAGAAAGGUACUGCAUCAUGGUCGGCGUGGCGAGAGGGCUGACCUACCUGCACGACGGCUGCCACGAGUGUAUCAUACACUGUGACAUCAAGCCGGGGAACAUCCUACUGGACGAGGACAUGUCCCCAAGGAUCGCCGACUUUGGGAUGGCGAAGCUGGUGGGAAGGGACUUCAGCUGCGCUCUUACGACGAUGAGGGGCACCGUUGGGUACCUGGCGCCGGAGUGGAUCUCGGGGCACCCCGUCAGCAGCAAGACCGACGUGUAUAGCUUCGGAAUGGUGCUAUUCGAGCUCAUCUCGGGACGACGAAACUCCGAGGGGUACAGUGAGGUGGAGGCUGCAGGGAGUGAGAGUAGUGAGUCGUGGAUCUUCUUCCCUGUGUGGGCCGCGGGAAAGGUCUUGGAAGGGGACGUAAGUGCCUUGGCAGACCCGCGGCUGAAUGGCGAGGUGGUGCUGGAGGAGCUGAAGCGGGCGUGCACGGUGGCGUGCUGGUGUAUCCAGGACCAGGAGGGGCAGCGCCCGACCAUGGCGCAGGUCGUGCAGGCCCUGGAGGGCACCAUCCACGUCCAGGCACCGCCUGUGCCGCGAGUGUUGCAACAGCUCGUCACAUGA